UGCCUGCUCCAACACCAACAAAAGCACUAGAAGUCUGUGACGUUGUCUCUUCACCAAAUUUUGCCAAAUAACAAACCGAUCCGCUCUAAAAUGUCGCCUUGGGUCUAUUUAUUAUGCCACCAGCAGCAGGAGUUUCAUUCAUUAUCAUCAUCAUCAAAUAACAACAACAACACAUUCAGUCAGAACCUCAACAGAGAAUAAUGGACUUAACAGUGAAUUUUGGAGGAUAUGGUGUUAAUAUCAAUGAAGCUUAUCGACCUCUUCCUUCACUCUACUUAGGGUUCUUAUCAAUUUGGUUUGUUUCAGCUCUUUCAUGGACUAUUAAUACUUGGAAAAAUCGUCACUUUCAGGCCAACAAUCUACAGUGGACACUUGCUUCAAUUCCAGUAAUCAAAGCUUUGCAACUUGGCUUAUCUUUUCUUUUCUGGUACUCUUGUUUUAACCUCCAGAUAUGUUCUCUGUGGAUGUCAUUUGGGAUGUACAUUACUGGAGUGCUCUUUCAAACUGCUUCCUUUGUGUCAUUUUUACUCAUUGCUCAUGGUUACUGUAUCAUGUGUGAGCGUCUAUCACUACCCGAACGACGUACUACAGCUUUACUUGGUUGUGUUUUCUAUUUGACCCUUGUUGGUUAUAGAGCUUCGGUACCUUACUUCACAAUCCUUUUGGUGCUUAACUACUUCGUAUCGUUCUAUAUGAUCUUCCAUCACAUAUCUCUAAAUCUUUUAAAAUUGCGGGAACAGCUGACAUACAUAGAAGAUGAGGAUAUUCAAGCCAUGCAUGAUGCAAUAUACACAAAAUAUACUAUGCUGAAGAAGUUCCAAGGUGCAAUGCAAAUAGUAGCAGUGGCAGAAACUUUGAUUUACAUCACUAUGGAUAAUGCAUCGGAUAAUUAUUGGCUCAGAUUAUUAGUUCGCGAAUGGGCACAGUUCUGUAUCUAUUUGUACAUUGGAUGGACUUUCAGGUCACAGGAGUUGUCGUCGCGUUUCUCUGUGAUGCCAGCUGUGAGGACUGAAGUAGCGAAUGUAGUGCCUCCAAUAUAUAGCAUUGAAAUGAAUGCUAAAGAGUUCAAGGAUUUGAGUUCUCAUAAUUGGCAUAUUGCGCUACCAACAUCUCCUGCUGAUGGAAAAGACCUCUCAGAUUCGAUCUUGGUCAUAGUUCAGCACCCUCGUGGGUAGGGACCAGUGUCAUGGAGGACCCAACUUAUUAUUAGUGAAUUCUGCAGAGAUUUUAUGCUAGUAAGCAGUGAUCCUUCAUCACAAUUCUUAACCAAAUUUUCCAAACAGGAUACCGCCGCAAUCUGCUAUAUUCUCCAGAAGGUCUAGUCUUUGCUGCAGAAACUUCCCCCUUUUGAAAGUGAUGAUUCUUAUUUCAUCCGUCACUGCAUCUCUUACUUGUAUACUGAAAUGUAAAAGCUGCAAGGUAUAAAAAUGUUUACCUUGCACAAUAGAGUUUUAGUUUUAUAAUGUAACCCAUCUUCUGUCAAACUGUGAAUAUUACCCAUCAGCAUAAAUGGAAUAUUGUUCCUUUA